CAGCGAGGCUUCUUCAUAGACAAAUACACACAGGCAGGUAUUUUAACCACUUCUUUGGCAUCAUCAGAGUCAUCCGCGGUCGAUUGCAGACCAGGAGGAAGACAGUGGCUAGGCCGUCGUAUAUGGGCUUUUCCGGAGACCGCCAUGUCCAAUAAGGUCAACGGCCUCACCUGUCUCAGUUCUGCCUUGCGCAACAAGAGACCGAAAAUCUCCCUCCGACUUUGCAAAUCUCAGCCUUUAGCAUCGGAAAUACCUUUGCCUGAUGGCCCAGGUUGCUCUAGGUGGCUCUCUUGUUCAUGCUGUCGCCCAAAUAUAUCCAAGCGCACUUUCUUUACCUCUAAUCACCUUUCGGAGGCUUCUGUCGUCGGCUCACCGCUGACCAAAGGAUUGGAGCGCCCCAGCCCAGAAGAAGAGCAACGGCCGAUCCUUUUUGUGCCUGAUACUUCCGUUGCAACACCUCAUCUUCCUCUUCCUCCUACCCUUCCCUACUCGCCUAACUCGCAUCCAUUUCGACGACAUCUUUCCAUCCUUUCUCUUUCACUUCUCUCCACCGAUACCGACAAAUCAUGGUUUGUCUACACGGCCUUACACCCUUCGCUACGUCGGCAUCUUCCAGACGAGAUGUUUAGAGCUCUAUUGACGAAACAAACGGGCCAUGGAGAUGGAAAGGAAGCAUGGAAAAGAGUGCGGGAGCUAUUGCUACUUAGCAAACAGUGCGAAAUGGAUUUGGAAGAGAUUGGGAAAGAAGCACUCGAGAAAUGUCUCACGCUAGGUCUAGAUUUGGCUCUUCGAGUUGGAAAAACGGAUCCAAAGACAGUCAAAUUACUUCGCAAGUUGUGGAAGAGUCUCGCUAGUCUAUCUAACAAUCUCGAGACGAUCCCUUUACAUCUUCGGCAGGAUUGGCUCCAUUUGCAGGCCAUCCUGCUUGAUCUUCGCCAAAAGCAUGAGACUCGCGCGUGGAGGCUUAACAGACCUUCUCCCAUGGAGGAGACGAUCUUGGAAAUGGUCGAAAGGAACGGAUUAAGCGGACUAGGACCAACAGUAGGUCGCAUCCUGCUGAGGAUGAGGGGAGGAUCUGAAGAGGGCUUGAAGCAGGCUUUAAGGCUCGUGGCGUGGUCGGUGAACAAAAAGGCCGAAGUAAAAAUGGAAAAUGUGGUGGAAGUGAUGACACGGUUAGGGGCCGCCUGGGGUACCGAAGGACGGGAUGGAAUGCGAACGCUUGAGUUGGAGAUUGACACAAUAUUGAAGGAAGUGGAGGCUCUUCCAUGCUCGCCCGCUGAAGAACUGUUUGGGCAGGCUUUACGAAGUGUCGAGGGGAAAAUUAAUUUGUUGAAAAACACUUUAUCUUCUCUUGAGGACAGGACACUUGACUACGAAAGUCUUACAAGAAAAUGUUUCGAGCUUUGCGCUAAAGCAAAAAGGGUGAAAGAAAAUGAAAUACUACCUAUCAUGGAGGCAACUUUACGCCUCUUGGAAAUUGCCUUGCAAUAUCCCGAAGAAGAUCCAAUUCCCCUGAUCACCUCAAUCUCGAAAACGCUUCAUCAACUUCUCCGAUCUCCCCUCUCUCCAUGUGUCAGCCCACCCAUAGUCCGAUUCACCCAACUUAUCCUGCAAGCUCGAAUACUUCCUGCAUUGCCGCCGCAUGUCGUUGUGCCCCUCUUUCGCCUCAUCAUUGCGGCUUUACCUUCAGAUGACUCUUACAUACUAUCGCGAAAGGUAUAUGAGUUUGCGCGGACAGCUAAUCCACCUUUCAUCUGGUCGGAAUCUAACAGCAAGCAAUGGCGAUCCCUUUUCCAAUCAGCACUCUCUCGUGAUCGCAAGCAUCUUCACUUCGCAUCCCGUCUUUACGCCGAUUAUAUCUCUGACGGGCUACCUGUACGGCGUGCCGACGCACUCUUGAUGAUUCGCUCAAUCGGCUCAAAGCCGUCGCCAUCCAGACCUAUUCUCUUAGAAAGACAUAUAAAAGACUACCUAUGGUUCGCUUACGGUCGUCGUCCUGCAUUGGUGAAAGCUGUAGUCCAAGGUCUAACUGGUGCUGGAGUGAGAGAUUCAGAGUUGGCACUCAACCUUGCGCAGAGGUUGUCCUUGGACAAGGAAUUACAACCUUUGAUUAUUCUUAUGAUCAUUGGUCAGCUCGCGCGGUCCUCGCAGCCAGCGCAUCGAGUAAAAUGCUUUGCUCUUCUCCAUCAACUUUCUCCCAUCACACACCCCGAAGAAACAAAGUGGGCAUACAACACUGUCCUCUCAUACCUUGUAUCUUCUGCAUUGCCCUUUCCGCAACUUGGCAACACAGCCCAUGAGGAAAUCAUGCCUUUGGUGCUGUCAGUAUACAAAAAUAUGAUAGACAGAGGGAUCGAGCCAGAUGGGAGAACGGCCGGAACGAUCAUACGAAUGUUGACGGAUUAUGGGCUGAUUGAUGAAGCCUUGGCAGUAUUCGGCUCUUGUCUUGAUCGGGGAUUAGCGCCAAAAUCUCAUGCCAUUGGUCGGAUGAUGGUGCGCCUGGCAUUAGCAAAGCGUUUUGAGGAAGCAUUGCAAGUCGAAAGUCGUUGGAGAGAAGUUACUACCGGCAUAGAUUCUCAGAAGAAGAUCAGAGCGUACGAUAAAGGAGUCGUUGGUGCAAGAGUCUUGGUAGAUGUGAUGAUGGGUAAAUCGGUUGACCUCAGUGCGGCGGCGAGAAAGGGGUGGAAAGGAAAUAAAGAGUUUUUGGAGUUUUUGGAAAGCCUGAAGCCUAAACAAGAUGAAGCGAAAGAGGAAGUAGCAAGGAUAGAUGCAGUAGAAAAGAGGUGACCGGUGAAGGGCCUCGGCUAAGACAUUGGGAUCAGAAUAAGUGGUAAUGGAAUUAAUGCAAGCCGACGCGUAUCUAAAUAUUUACUGUCGUAUAUUCCCACAAUCAGAUCGGUAUCUUCUUCGUGGCGUGC